AUGGCUACCAUGGAGGAAGUCCCGGUGUCAGUUGAGCAGGUGGUAAUGGUAGAUCCUGAGGGAGAGGGUGAACCUCUGAAUGAUUGUACUAAAGCUCAGGUGAUCCUUCAACUCCAGCCAAUAUCUACUGGUGAUGAAUGUUCUCAAUCCGAUGUGACUGCCAUGGCGGUUGAAUCCACACCAGAAAAAGCGGACGGAGAUGAUGCCGAAAUUUGCUGCCCAAUAACUUGUGGUGACUGCAAAGCCAUACUACUUGUGAAGAAAUUUGUGUGCCCAGGAAUCAACGUCAAGUGUGUAAAGUAUGAAGACCAGCUUAUCAGCCCAAAGCAGUUUGUGCACAUCUCUGGAAAAGCGACUCUGAAAGACUGGAAGAGAGCCAUCAGGAUAGGCGGGGUCAUGCUCAGAAAAAUGAUGGAUUCAGGUCAGCUGGACUUUUAUCAGCACAGCACACUGUGCACAAACACAUGUCGCAGCACUAAGUUUGACCUUCUCAUCAACAACACACGAAUUCCAUCAGAGAGUGGCACACUGCCUAUGUCCUGUCAAGUUUUGGGCAAUGACGGAGCAGGGGUAAAGGACAGACCCGAAGCUGUGGCUGGAAAGGCAGACUGGAGUGCAGGGUCACAGGAGUUGACAGAAAAGAAGGAACACAGAGAGAUCUCAGAUGACACAUUGAACUUCUGGAAGGGUAUUGCAGAUGUGGGUCUGCUUGGUGAAGUUGUUACCAACGUCAGCACUGAGCUGUUGGCAUUGCUGAAUGGUGUGCAGCAGCUGAGGGAUCUAACUGCUUUACAGGACACUGAGGUUGCAGUGCUCAGUAAUCUCGCUAAAGUGUUUGGCUUGCUUGAUUCUGUGAAGAAGGCGCUGGAGAGACGGAAGCAGUUGACAGAUUCAAGUCAGCAGCAGAUCUUCAGCACCCUCAGCAACCUAGAGCUACAGUUGGAGCAACAAAAGAAGCAGCAGCAGGUGCGGACCCCUGUUAUCUGCCCACAAUCAAUCAAAAGCAAACCCUCCAAGCGCCAGACUAAACGACCUCGUUUCCAGAGGCCUGCCUCCACCACCACCCUCUCCCAGCAAGCCACCAUGCAGCCCCAGCAGCUAACUGUCCUUUCGCCAAUCUCGUUGUCGUCUGUUGGUCAGCCAUUCACCAUGACGGGCCUGCCAAUUGCCUCAAUCGCUCAGCUGUCCAACACAGUAACACUGCUUCCUGCCGGAUCACAGUUUUUCACCCGCUACAUGGUAGGCGGAGGUGGAAAGCAAGACACCAUUACCUUGCACCCGUCCUCAUGUCUUACACAGCUGGGCACAAUGGUUAGUCCAUUAGAAUUGGUGCAUCUGAACCAGCAAAGUGGCAGCACAGAGGUGCUCCCCCUAGAGGGCCAGGUGGUGGACAACACCAUGCUAGUGCAAGGUGGGUUGGACUCCAGCCAGGAGCACACUGUCAUUGAGAUCAAUCCAACAUCAGGUGAGCAGGCUGUGGGGGUGUUGGAGCUGCAGCUCAGCAGGCAUUCAGGCCCAAACCAAGCUGCGUUGGUUGUCCAGAGAGAGAUGGAAGUCACAAUGGCCGCCAAAGAGGAGGACACUCGGUGCCAAAUGCAAGAGGGACAGUCUAAUGGUUUUCAAGGACUGCAGUUGGACGCCAAUGGACAGUUGUCAAAUGUACAGAUAGUUGUAAUAGGGGAAAACACUCAGGAAGAAAAUAAAGAGGACUAACAUGCAAUUCUUUUAUAUCCAACAGUGCAGAAAUUAGUUGAACUGCCACACCCAAUGCCAAAGCAUCUAAUUCUGUGAAUCCAGUGUUUCAGGUGUGGCCUCAUCCACUAAUUACCCCUCCAACUUCAGGCUGUUAGAGUGAAGGAACUUAGCAGUCGGUCUUGUAAUGUUUUAUCAGCUUUAGUUUUUUGUUAAAAGACAGGGAUAGCAACAUUUCUGCUCUAAGAAGGAGAUGGCUUACAUGAGUGAGUGAAAAUGUGUUUAGUAAUGUAAAACUGUCACUUGCAAAAUCCAAUUCAAAUAAAUUUUUAUUUGAGACAGUAA